GUCAACUUGAUUUCUCAGAUUUGUUCUUCACCGAGUCACACUCACUCACUUACUCACUACCUCACUUACUCACUACCUCACUUAACUCAGCUUCGAAGAUGCGUGAGAUCUUGCACAUCCAGGGAGGCCAAUGCGGGAACCAGAUCGGAGCAAAGUUCUGGGAAGUGGUGUGCGCUGAGCACGGGAUCGACGCCACCGGGAGGUACCAAGGCGACAACGAGUUGCAACUCGAACGAGUCAAUGUCUACUACAACGAAGCGAGUUGCGGGAGGUUCGUUCCACGCGCGGUGCUCAUGGAUCUGGAGCCAGGGACGAUGGACAGCGUCAGAUCCGGGCCGUACGGGCAGAUUUUCAGGCCUGAUAACUUCGUUUUCGGGCAGUCCGGGGCAGGGAACAACUGGGCGAAAGGACACUACACAGAAGGAGCUGAGUUGAUCGAUUCGGUUCUCGAUGUGGUGAGGAAGGAAGCUGAGAACUGUGACUGCCUUCAAGGGUUUCAAGUGUGCCACUCAUUGGGUGGAGGAACCGGUUCAGGAAUGGGAACACUUCUUAUUUCUAAGAUCAGGGAAGAGUACCCUGAUCGAAUGAUGCUUACUUUCUCUGUUUUCCCAUCCCCUAAGGUUUCAGACACUGUUGUGGAGCCUUACAAUGCUACUCUCUCCGUUCACCAACUUGUUGAAAAUGCCGAUGAGUGCAUGGUUCUGGACAAUGAAGCUCUUUAUGACAUCUGCUUCCGCACUUUGAAGCUCACUACUCCCAGCUUUGGAGACUUGAAUCAUCUAAUUUCUGCUACCAUGAGUGGAGUAACUUGCUGUCUUCGAUUCCCUGGUCAACUCAAUUCAGAUCUUCGCAAACUGGCCGUGAAUCUCAUUCCUUUCCCUCGAUUGCAUUUCUUCAUGGUUGGCUUUGCCCCACUCACAUCUCGUGGGUCACAGCAGUAUAGAGCGCUCACUGUACCUGAGUUGACACAACAGAUGUGGGAUGCCAAGAACAUGAUGUGUGCUGCUGAUCCCCGUCAUGGUCGCUACUUGACUGCAUCUGCGAUGUUCCGUGGUAAGAUGAGCACGAAAGAGGUUGAUGAGCAGAUGCUCAAUGUCCAGAACAAGAACUCAUCAUACUUUGUUGAGUGGAUCCCCAACAAUGUCAAAUCCACAGUGUGUGACAUUCCACCAUCUGGUUUGAAAAUGGCGUCAACAUUUAUUGGCAACUCCACCUCCAUUCAAGAAAUGUUUAGGAGGGUGAGUGAGCAGUUCACAGCCAUGUUCCGCAGAAAGGCUUUCUUGCAUUGGUACACUGGUGAAGGUAUGGAUGAGAUGGAGUUUACAGAAGCUGAGAGCAAUAUGAAUGAUCUUGUAGCUGAGUACCAGCAAUACCAAGAUGCCACUGCCGAUGACGAAGAUUAUGAAGAGUAUGAAGAUGAGGAAGUUCAGGAAGAGGCUUAAGUGGUAGUGUAAUUGAACUGUGUGUUGUUCUGUGUGCUGUGGGAUUUGAUGUUUUUCCUUUUUCCCCUUUCUGCCUGGAAAGGGAGUUGACUUGUUCUAUUAUAUCCUUAUGGGUACUGUAGUGGUAGACUUGUAGUAUUAUUUCCUUUCUGAUUAUGUUUAACUCUUUCUAAACUGAUUGAUUGAAGCCUAGGUGGGUUAUGUGUUGCA